GACAUUGACAUUUGUAACUAUAAGUGUGGGUUUUCUAAGCACCAAUUUCUUCGUUUUUCUGAUUUGGUUAUUUUUCUGAGUUAGGGUGGUUCCGAUUCCAGGAUAUUUUUAUUUUAGAAGGAAUAUAUCCAUUAUUGUUAGGUAUAGCCUUUAACAAUUAAGAAGCCUCUUACGCCUUAUUCUCAUAAAAUUGAAAUAUUCAUUAGAAAUGUCUCAUACAAUCUUAUUGGUUCAACCAGGAGCAAACCCAGAAACAAGAACAUAUUCUGACUAUGAAUCUGUCAAUGACUGCAUGGAAGGAGUAUGCAGGAUAUAUGAAGAACAUCUAAAAAGAAGAAAUCCAAAUACACCAACUAUCACUUAUGAUAUCUCCCAGCUUUUUGAUUUUGUUGAUCAGCUUUCAGACCUGAGCUGCUUAGUAUACCAGAAAUCAACAAACACAUAUGCUCCCUACAACAAAGACUGGAUAAAAGAAAAAAUCUACAUUUUGCUUCGACAGGCUGCUGGCCAUACUGAUUAUAAUUUUUAAGAUUUCUUAUAUGUAUAUUGCUUGUUGUCAUAUACAUAAUUCUCUAGGGCUCUAGUGUGAUUUUGGAAAUGGAUCUUUUAGUAUUAGUUUGUGAGCCAAGAGUAAAAGUAUUUAGGGGCAGUUUUUAUUUAAAUAAAUUUUUUUUUAAUACUAAUGGGAUCAAAAAAUGCACUUAAAUCAAUUUACAUAUACGUAUGUGACCGCUCCAACUUAUGCAACAACUUUCCCAUAUUUAAAAUUAAAUCUUGAUCAGAUUUAAGAAUAUUAUUGGAAUACUGUUGUUGGUUUAUUUACUAAAAUCAUCAUGACUUUUAGAUGCAUAACGGUGUUUUUGUUUUCAUUUUAAAAUAUAUUUUUUUGAAUGAAUAAACCUUUUUUUCGCGGGGUUUUUGUGACUUUAUAAUUUAAAUAAAGUUAAACAAUAUUUGUUAUGUAUCUCAUUAUGGCUCAAAUAUGGUUUAUUAUUUAUAAAUAAGAAUAUUUCAUUAUUUUCAUAAAAACUAUUAAAUAUUAUUCAAACUUG